AUGAGCAUAGAAAAAGACUCUAGCAAGAAGUUGGAGAAAGAAAAAACUAAUUACAAGGUGAUCAAGUCUGGGGAUAAUACCCAAUUCUGGCAUGAUUUUUGGAUUGGAACCUGUAAAUUAAAGACUGCAUUCCCUUCACUUUAUGCUCUUGAAUCAAAGAAAAGGUUUAAGGUAAGUAUCCGGAUACUUGCAGAUGAAAUCAAGUGGGAUUGGAGUUCGUGUCCAAUAAACGUGGGAUUAACUACCGAGUUGGAGAAUUUGACAAAGGCCAUUACAACUAUUCAACUACAACCUGGUCUAGAUGAGACUAAAUGCAAACUAAGCCAUGAUGGAAACUAUAUGGUGCACAUGCUAAGGCAAAGGAUUGAUCAAACGCUACCCGUCAACAAUCAACAGGCGAUGAUCAAAUGGAGUAAGCUUGUCCCCAUAAAGGUAACUUGCUUUGUGUGGAGAGCUAUACAAGGACGAAUUCCUUCUGUUGUGGCACUAUCUCACAGAGGCAUUAAUCUUGACUCGACUAUAUGUGGUUCAUGCAUUGACGGGCCUGAAUGUGCCAACCACAUUAUCAUUAGCUGCCCAUUUGCAGUAAUGGUGCGAGAGAUGAUUUUCAAGUGGUGUGGGAUUAAUUUGAGUGAAGUAAAUGAAGUGGUGGAUAUUGAGGAAUUUGCGGCUAAAUGGGGGAAACAAUACAAAAAACGAAAGCGACUAAUUACAAUAUGA